CCCAUUUCUGCUCCUCCUCUCACCCGCACCUACGCCUUCUCCUCCACCGAAGAAGCCGCCGCCGAGCGCCGCCGCAGAAAACGCCGACUCCGCAUCGAGCCUCCGCUCCACGCUAUCCGUCCCAACCCGACGCACCCACCUGUCCGCGAUCCCAACGCCCCGCGUCUCCCAGACUCCACGUCUGCUCUCGUCGGCCCCCGCCUCAACCUCCACAAUCGCGUGCAAUCUCUCAUCCGGGCUGGCGACCUUGAUGCCGCUUCGUACCUGGCGCGUCAGGCCGUGUUUUCGAGCACGCGCCCCACGGUGUUCACGUGCAACGCGAUCAUUGCUGCGAUGUAUAGGGCGAAACGGUAUAGCGACUCCGUUGCAUUGUUUGCGUUUUUCUUUGAUCAGUCUGAUAUUGUGCCUAAUGUUGUGUCUUAUAAUAAUUUGAUUAAUACACAUUGUGAUGAGGGUAGAGUGGAUGAGGGUUUGAGAGUUUAUAGGAAGAUUAUUGAAACAGCGCCGUUUAGUCCUAGUGCUGUGACUUAUAGGCAUUUAACAAAGGGUUUGAUUGAUUCUGGGCGAAUCAGGGAGGCGGUGGAUUUGUUGAGGGAGAUGUUGAAUAAAGGGCAAGGCGCAGAUUCGUUGGUUUAUAAUAAUUUGAUAUCUGGGUUUUUGAAUUUGGGCAAUUUGGAGAAGGCAAAUGAGUUGUUUGAUGAGUUGAGAGAAAGGUGUUUGGUUUAUGACGGGGUUGUGAAUGCCACUUAUAUAGAGUGGUGGUUUAAGCAAGGGAAAGAGAAGGAGGCGAUGGAGUCAUAUAAGUCGUUGUUGGAUAGGAAUUUUAGGAUGACUCCUGCUACUUGUAAUACUCUUUUGGAGGUUUUGCUGAAGUGGGGACAGAAAGUGGAGGCGCAGGCUUUGUUCGAGCAAAUGUUGGAUAAUCAUCAGCCACCUAAUAUCCAGGCAGUAAAUUCGGAUACAUUUAAUAUUAUGGUGAAUGAGUGUUUUAAGCUUGGGAAUUUUUCGGAGGCAAUUGAUACUUUUAAGAAGGCAGGGACACAUCCAAAAUCCAAGCCUUUCGGUAUGGAUGUUGCAGGGUAUAAUAAUAUUAUUGCAAGGUUUUGUGAGAAUGGGAUGUUAGAGGAGGCGGAGAAACUGUUUGCUGAACUGUGCUCAAAGACUUUGACACCAGAUGUCACGUCAUUUAGGACGUUGAUUGAUGUGUACUUGAAGGUUGAGAGAAUUGAUGAUGCUUUGCAGAUGUUUAACCGGAUGGUGGAGAGUGGUUUGAGGGUGGUUGUGAGUUUUGGGACGAGUGUGUUUAGUGAGUUCGUUGACAAAGGUAAGGCUGCAGAGUGUGCCCCAAUCUUGACGAAAAUGGGAGAGAAAGAUCCUAAACCGGACUUCUUGAUAUAUGAUGUUGUGGUCCGAGGUCUAUGCAAUGAAGGCUUAAUUGACUUGAGUAGGGAUAUAGUUGAUCAAAUGAUAAGGCACGGUGUUGGUGUUACCCCUGCACUGCGGGAUUUUGUACGUGAGACUUUUGAGAAUUCUGGACGAGGUGAGGAGAUUGAGAGAAUUCUAAAUAUGGAUAGAUGGGGAUAUGCUGCUCCUCGUCCACCACCUCUAAUGACUGGACCACCACGAGUGCCUGGACAUCAGCCUUUAGGACCCAAUCAAAUGUCAGGACAGCAGCCUAUAGGAGGAUCCAAUAGAAUGGCAGGACAGCAGCACUUUGGAUCAAAUCAUAUGGCGGGGCAGCAAUCUUUUGGACCAAAUCAAAUGGCAGGACAGCAGCCAUUUGUUGCCCAUCAAAGGAUGGGGCAACAACCUGUAGGACCCAAUCAGAUAAGUGGACAGCAGCCUGGAGCAGCCAAUAAAAUGUGGGGACAGCAGCCUUCAGGAUCCAAUCAAAUGGCAGGGCGAGAACCUUUUGGAUUCCAUCAAACGACAUGGCAGCAGCAAAACGUAACACCUCAAAUGACAGGACAACCACCACCAGGACCCUCGCAAAUAGCAGGUCAGCAGCAAUCAUGGCAGCCUCAAAUAUCAGGGCAGCGGCCACCAUGGUCUCAGGUGACACAGCAGCCACCAUUUGGAUCCCCUCAAGAAGCAGAACGAAAUCCAUCAGGACCCUCGCAGAUGGCAGGUCAGCAGCAAUCCUGGCAGCCUCAAAUAUCAGGGCAGCAAUCAUCAUGGUCUCAAGUGACACAGCGGCCGCCAUUUGGACCCCCUCAAGAAGCACAACAAAAUACAUCAGGACCCUCACAAAUGGACAGUCAGCAGCAAUCCUGGAAACCACAAAUAUCAAGGCAGAAGCCAUCAUGGUCUCACGUGACGGAGCAACCACCUUUUGGAUCCCCUCAAGAAGCAGAACAAAAUCCAUCAGGACCACAUGAACGACAGGAGAGCCACCAAAGGAUAGCAGCCAACAGGUAGCAGCUUAUUUUUAAUACAAAUGGUUAUAAAUCGAACGACCUGGUCUCUAAUUUAUGAUUUAAGUUGCGGAAGCAAGAAAAGUGCUACAUUAUUGUUACCUGUUGAGUAUCAGUUAUUUCCACAAGUUUAAGGUGGCAAAUUUGCAUUAUUAUAAUAAUGAGGCAGUUUUUGCUGGGAAAGUUUUUGUGGGGCAAAGAUCUGGUUGUGACCCUCAUUGCACAUCUAUGUAACGUGAUGGGAUUGUUUUUCAUAAAUUUUGGACCUCACAUAUAAUUAAAGAUGUCUUAAUUGAUUAAUAGUUUUUCAUAAAGAGUGAUUUUCUUGAGGGUGUAAUACACGAGCAUUUUAUUCUCAUCUGGUUAUAUUACUCUCGUGGCAUUUUGCUGCUAAUUAUUGUACACCGUUUCUAGAAAUGCUUUUUGAGUACCAAGCACAGUUGAAUCUGAUUUGCCUUCCAAUGUAUAUAAUUUUGUAAUUUAAGUGCU